AUGUCGUUGCUCCUUACAUUCUGGAAACUCCACGACCUACUCGGCUUCUGGUCCCUUGGUGGGUUUCAGACCGCCCUAGGACUGUCUAACGCCGUCUUCCGCAUCUCGUUUGAUGGUCAUGCGCGGCUGUAUUCCAUCGAACAGCUCUGGCUCCAUCAGGCACUGAAAAUUGACGGACGGUACUACGAGCUGACCUGGAUGCACUUCUUUGCCGAUUCCACAAAACUCUCUGAUUCCGCAGUCGAAGAAGAUGAAAGCUACGCUCAAGGUGAAGAUGACGCAGACGGAAAUGCGACAUCCAGGCGCACAAUCCUAUCCGAACGGUGUAUUGGACAGACAUACAUGACAAGGGAGGAGAUACUACAAACUGGCAACGAGUUGAUCAAGACCUCACCAGGAUACGAUCUAUUCUCUUACAACUGCACCUGGCUCCGACACAAUCUAUUCCUCCGCAUCAAAUAUGACGGCUCAGCGGAACAGAAGAACCCCUUCCUCCGCCGUAGCUCCUUGGCGUCUCAGCUCCCAUACUAUGACUUCUUGCCUCUGAUCGCCAGGUACAUCUACGCUCUCGCUUCCGCCAGCGAUGAGUCUUCUUACUUCUGGCAGAAUCCCGCAUCCGGUCUCCUCUGGAUCGUCUUUGAGCUCUUGAUGCUCUCCAUGGAGGCCCGUGCAGUGGUGGUCUGGUCAUCUACAGUCCUUUGUCGAGUAUACCGAUCUCGAAUGAUUGUCCCCAUAGCGAUCGGGAUUCUAUUCUUGCAGCACGCGUAUCAGCAUCUUAAUGAUGGUAGGCUGUUCUCCUGGUACUCACCAGUAUACGGCGACAACAUGGGCGCUACGAUGGCAUUGAUAUAUUACACCAUGAUGCCGAUCACCACAGCGUAGAUGACUCGCGCCUCUCAUGAGAGAUUUGAGGUUGUCACCGAUGACGAUGCCGACAUCGACGGGAUUUAUUAUCCUCAUCACCCUCCUACAGAGACGGGAUCAACAGCGUCCGCCGUCACCCCUCAAGUAACCGUCAGAAUCAGAUCAGAGUAUGGGGAACGCCUCCCAGGGGAGACAAUCGCCUAG